CUUAACUCCUCCCUGUGCAUCACUGAAAUGGAUCCCCUUCGCAACAAAGCGCACGUGCAAAUUUGUUUCCCAAGCCAUCUGACACUGUCGGCAUGCUCUCGCUGCGCGGCUCCCAACUCCUCUGUGGAGCUGCGGCUCGGGGGCUUCGACCUUUUACUUUGAGACUGUCCCAGAGGCAGAGUCACCGCCUGACUCCAUCAGAUGAUGAGCUGUAUCAGAAGACAACAAUCACUAUACUAAAGCGAGAAUCCCCGGAGAUCACCUUUAUCGAGAGCUACAGCAGCUAUGGUUUUGUUAUCAAUGGAGACAGAGUGCUGGGGCCAUGUGCAGUGAUUCCACAGGCUAUCCUGCAGUGGAAUGUUGGAAACUACAAGGACAUUACAGAGGAAAGCCUUUCUCUUUUCCAUCUGAUAGAACCCAAACUUGAGAUCCUGGUUUUGGGAACAGGGGAUCGUGUUGAAAGGAUUGACCCCAAAAUUCUUUCUUUCAUGCGGAAAAAAGGAGUUGCAGUGGAGGUCCUGGAUACACCCAAUGCCUGUGCCACCUUCAACUUUCUGACAAGUGAGAGGAGGCUUACAGGAGCAGCACUUAUCCCACCCCCUUCUGCAGCCAAGGACAUUUAAUAUGUAUUUACAAACCUUCAGGAGAAGACUCUGUUUGUUAAAGGAUGCAGAAGUUCAGUGCAUCCAAAACACAUUUAUUUCUUUUUUUUUUUUAAUAAAAUAUUCUUGAAGUUC